GCAUUGUGGGAGUGGAGUCUCCUCCUCCCGGCGUGCCCUACGGCACGGGGGCCGGACCCGGAAGUUCCGGGCAGAGUUCCAAGUGCCAGCGUGUACUGUUAGGUGCGCGUGGAAACUAGGGUCAUGGCUGCGCCCGGUCCAGCGCUCUGCCUCUUCGACGUGGACGGGACCCUAACGGCCCCGCGGCAGAAAAUUACCAAAGACAUGGAUUGCUUUCUGCAAAAACUGAGGCAGAAGAUCAAAAUUGGUGUCGUCGGCGGGUCGGACUUUGAGAAAGUACAGGAGCAGCUGGGAGAUGACGUUAUUAAAAAAUAUGAUUACGUGUUUCCAGAAAAUGGCUUGGUAGCAUACAGAGAUGGGAAACUCUUGUGUAAACAGAAUAUUCAAGGUCACCUGGGUGAAGCCCUAAUCCAGGAUUUAAUCAACUACUGUCUGAGCUACAUCGCAAAAAUCAAGCUCCCGAAGAAGAGGGGCACUUUCAUAGAGUUCCGUAACGGGAUGCUGAACGUGUCGCCGAUCGGAAGAAGCUGCAGCCAGGAAGAACGCAUUGAGUUCUACGAGCUCGAUCAGAAAGAAAACAUAAGACAAAAGUUCGUGGAGGAUCUGCGAAAAGAGUUUGCUGGGAAAGGCCUCACGUUUUCCAUAGGAGGCCAGAUCAGCUUCGACGUCUUCCCCGAUGGCUGGGACAAGAGGUACUGCCUGGAACAUGUGGAGAAGGAUGGCUAUAAGACCAUCUAUUUCUUCGGUGACAAAACCAUGCCACAUGCCCAGGUCCUCCAGACACGUGCCCUCAACUCCUGGGGACGCAGUGGGCGAGGGGAGCAAGAAAACAGGGCCCCGCACUCGCUGAGCCCCAGGGGCUGCCACAGGACCGCUCGUCCACCGGUGACCUCCGCGCCUCUGGCACGGUUCCGCCACGAUCCCCCCUUCACAGACGGGGAGCCGCCCACAGCGCCCCCGUCGCUGGUGCUGGAACCAGGAUCUGAGCCCAGGGCGGGAAUGACCACGAGAUCUUCACAGACCCCAGGACGGUGGGCUACACGGUGGCAGCACCCGAGGACACGCGCAGGAUCUGCGAGGAGCUCUUCUACUGACCGGCCUGCACCCCAUGGGAGGGAGUCGCUCCCUGUGAGAGGGGUCCCCCCCAGCCCACUCUGCAGUCCUCGCUACGGUCCCCGCUCGGCAGGGGAAUGGCCCUCCGUCUCCAGGGCCAGAGAAAAAGGCUUGUCAAGAACGGUUCCAAGGACUGCCUCCAGCAGAGUUACAUCCCCACCCGAGUCUCCGACCACCCCCACUCCACCCCAUAUGUGCAGUCACGGUGCCCCCGGGGGUUUUGUUUUUCAACUUCCCCAUCAUUCCAGAACGGUCCAGAGAGAAUGAAAUGAGUGAGCCUGGACCCUCCCUCUUCAUGAGUCUCGUGGAAAAUGUAACAGAUGUUCAUGCCAGGACCCCCUGCAUCAGCACUGGAAGGGGGCUCUCUUGAUGAGAAAGGACAGGACGUUUAUGAUGAGCCGACCCCAGCACGGACGUUUAUGAUGAGCCGACCCCAGCACACACGGUUAAGACAUUUCCAGAAACGAAGCCCAUGAGUGUCUGUGCUGGCCCAGUGACCACUGACCCCUGGGACUUUGCACGUCACUCGCUGAGGACUCGGGGUAGCUCCGUAUCCACUACACAUUGAAGAACCCACUGGUUCCGGGGACAUGGAUGGUGGAACCAACAGCCCCACUGAGAACUGGCCCGCAGGCCGCCUGAGAUGCUGCUCUGAGCCCCGGCACUCGGGCCGAGGCCUUCACACUUCACUCCUCAGGGAUCAGGGAAGGGCCUGAGCUGCUAACAGAUCUGGAGCCCGGUCUUUGAAGAAUAAGCCCGCCCCCUCCCCCCCACUCCCUCACCGACUUUGACCCCGGGGCUGGAGCAGCUCUCUCAGGCCUCUAACCCUCCCUCUCCUCCCUCCCGCCUCCUGCAAGUUCCUGUGUGGCUGGAAGGACAGCAGCUCUGACCCUCAUCCAGAGCACAGAUGCGAGCUUUCCAAGAAAAUGGUUCACACAUCUUUUUUCAGCUUUGGUCCCUCCAGACUGGGGUGGGGUCAGUCCAGGCGUGACCUCUGCUGGGGACUCUCAGACCUGAACCUGAAUCUGGGGGUGGGGGAACUGGAGAGGGCUGUUCUGGCACCCCACUAGUUGGUCCCCACCACUGUGCCUUCAUCACAGAGGAACCUGGAUCCCCCCCUAGCCUCCCCCGAGCCCGGCUUGUCUUAGCCUGGAAGCAAGAAGCAGCACCAAUCUGGAGGUCGGCCCCGCCCGUGGUCACAUGCUAGGGUGACCCGUUCUCAGUGGUCCGCAGGACUCAGUAGUCCUGGGGCAUCUUUCCUGGCUGGAUUUUAAAUGAUACUGUAAUGAUUUUUCAAAAUGAAAAGUAGCAAAUUAAAGUGAUUUUAUUGGUUCCUGUUUCUCA